AUGACAAGAUUAAAUGGAGUAUGUAAGUGGUUUAAUAAUAAGAAGGGGUACGGGUUUAUAACUCUGGAAAAUGGAGAGGAUGUGUUCGUACAUCAGAGCGAAAUUUACGCCGACGGGUUCCGCUCACUGCACGAAAACGAAAAGGUGGAACUUGAAGUAAUUAUGGACAACAACCGCAAAAAAGCCAUUCAUGUAACAGGUCCAAACGGCACUCACGUCACCGGCACUAACUCUCAUUAUGGACGUAACGAUAAUGAUAAAUUUAACGAUGGUUAUAAUCGUUAUUAA